GACUUCCACUACAGCAGGAGGAGGAACCGGAAGUGUGUGUUGUGGAUGGGGAAAAAAGGGGAAAAGAAGAAAUCUGGGGACGUGAAAAGGCAGGAGGGAGUCUCUGUGGACGAUAUGGGAUCUAAAAGCCAGUAUAGACCCGUUCUUCUGGCAUUAAUCGUGGUGAUUUUCUCCGUUUCCGUUUCCGCUGUCCGGUCAGAGCUGGUCUGGUCACGUCACAGCCGGAAAACUGCAGCGCUGAAGAUGGACGAAGCGUCUCUGACCGUCCUGAACGAGAUUCAGAGCAAUCUGACCCUCUCUGUACUGUCAGACCUGUGUUACCAGUGUUUGCCUCAGCUGGUGGGGAAUGUAACCUCAGUUUCAGGACCAGGGAAUGUUUCAGCAGUGAUCUUUACAGUGAGCACACAACAUGUGCUCACGCUCCAGCUGAACAGCACACCGGCUAACAUCGAGCUCUGCAGGGUGCAGUUCCACUUUGGGGAGCAGGGGAACUACUCACUGUGGGUGAAGAACCUGAGCGACUCCGAUCACAUUAACUGCAGCAUCUUCACCGUCACAGAACCCAUCAACAGCUACCUGCCUCUGCUCAUUGCGUCGGUGGUGUGUGUAGCGGUGUGUGUGUUAUCUGCAGUGUGGAGCUCAGUGAUGAGGCUGAACUUUGUGAGGAAUCUUGUCCUGCGUGUAGGGAGCAGCAUGGAGGCCGAGAGACUCAUCAACUCUGAUCUAGGUUCUCCCAGCAGAAUUACGGAAUCAUCUGAAUCUAUCGCCCCACCCACCUCCGGGAGACGCCUUCAAUCCCUCGACACCUUCAGAGGGUUUGCUCUGGUGAUCAUGGUGUUUGUGAAUUAUGGAGGAGGACGUUACUGGUUCUUUCGACACCAGAGCUGGAACGGACUCACUGUGGCUGAUCUCGUCUUUCCCUGGUUUGUGUUCAUCAUGGGGACGUCUGUGUCUCUGUCCCUCAGCGGGUCUCUGUCCCGGGGUCUGAGACGUUCUCGUCUGUUGAUGAGAAUCUGUUGGAGGAGUUUACUGCUCUUCAUCAUCGGAGUCUUCAUCAUCAACCCCAGUUACUGCAGCGGCCCUCUCUCCUGGGAAACCCUCCGUAUUCCAGGUGUACUACAGCGGCUGGCGUUUACGUACCUAAUCGUGGCCAUAUUGGACGUGUCCACGGCUGGAGCUCGUCUGGGCGGAUCGUCUCCGAAUGCCUGGUGGUUCCCAGUUCAUGACGUCGUCCUCUACUGGCCGGCGUGGGUGUGUGUGUUGAUGCUGGAAGCACUGUGGCUGUGUGUGACGUUCCUGCUGCCGGUUCCGGCCUGCCCGAGUGGAUAUCUGGGUCCAGGUGGAAUUGGAGAUUUUGGACUUUACCCAAAUUGCACUGGAGGAGCUGCAGGUUACAUCGACCGCUGGCUGCUGGGGGAAAACCACAUUUACCAAACACCAUCAUCACGGCUUGUGUAUCAGACCACAGUCCCAUACGAUCCUGAGGGUGUUUUGGGAAGCAUUAACUCCAUACUCAUGGCAUUCCUCGGCCUUCAGGCAGGAAAGAUUCUCCAGCACUACAGAGAUAACCCCAGACAGAUAAUGACCCGUUUCCUCGUGUGGGGUUUUGUGCUGGGAAUCAUCUCGGCUGUUCUGACUAAAUGCUCCAGAGAUCACGGCUUCAUCCCCGUCAACAAGAAUUUAUGGUCUCUGUCGUACGUGACGACGCUCAGCUGUUUUGCCUUCGUGUUGUUGAUGGUGUGUUAUUACACAGUGGAUGUGAAGAAGUGGUGGAGCGGAGCGCCGUUCGUCUACCCAGGUAUGAACUCCAUCCUGGUGUAUGUGGGGCAUGAGGUGUUUGAGGAUUACUUCCCAUUCCGCUGGAAAAUGAGGAACAGCCAGUCACAUGUCGAGCACCUGACGCAGAACCUGCUGGCCAUGUGUGUGUGGAUGCUGAUUUCCUACAUCCUCUACAGGAAGAAGAUCUUCUGGAAGAUUUAAAUUCCCACAUCACCACCUCACACACCCCAGACUCAGUCCUCCCCUCAGUCCUCUGUUCCUCAAUCCUCCACUUCAUCCUCUCUUCCUCAGUCCUCCACUCAAUCUGCCCCCCCGUAAUCCCCCCCCCCUUUAAUCCCCCCUCGAUCCUCCUCCCAGCUUUCCAAAAGAAUUCUGAAGACACUACUCAUGAUUAUUUACCCACUGACUAACAGUAAUUCAGAUAUGUAAGGAAUACACUGGUACUUAUAUUAUUUUUAAUCAGGCAGGAAGUUAGGAAAUCUGAGUCUCAAUCAAGAUUCAACCUGAGAAAAUUUGGAACUAUUAGAACAAUAAAUUGUGUUGGUUCGCUUUUUACAUUUCGAAUACACAAUUAUGUCAAAAAACACUGUAGAGCCUGUCAGAGCCACAACAAUCCCCCAAAUACUAAAAACCCCUAAUGAAAUAUUAAGUUUUUAAACUAAGUGAUGCAUCUGAGAGUUCUCGUCUCCUUCCUCCUCUAUCGAAACCUUUUUUUUUUUUUACUAUAUUGAAAUCCCAAAAAUCAUCUACAAACAUCCCAAAUGUAAAAAAAAAAAAAAGUCAAAUGUUGUAAUAUUAUAUGAAACCUGGGGUAAAUAUUACAUCUGUGAUGUAUGCUGUACUCCUCAGGGUCAGUGGUGGGGCGGGGCUUAUGUUCACUCUGAUCAGCCAAUCAGAAACUUGUUCAAAUCAUCACGAGCCGAUCUUUUCACCGUGGGCUCAACAUUCCCCUUAGCAUUCAUUUAAUUACACAGGGUAGUAAUUAGCCUAAAUUUAGCCAGCUAGGUAGCUUCGCUAUUGUUGUGAAUCUAUUAUAUCGGGUAAUUAAGAUCAGUAAUCGGUACAUCAAGAGUAAUUUUCACUUAAGCUCCGCCCUGACUCUUAUUUUUUCUCCUUUAUUAGCAUUAUUCUGGAUUUAAUGAUCUUUUCUGGUACAACUUCCUCAUUAACAAUUAUAUCUGCAAAGAUAUUUGUGCAGUUGAAACGCAGCACAUUGUGAUAAUCUAGUUUUAUUUUAAUGAAUAAUUAAAUGAUCAGCAGAUGAACGAGGUGAGCAGUGGAACUUCUCAGCCAGCUGUUUCUUCAAAUUCACAUGUUUUUGUGAUUUAAAAAAAAAAAAAAAAAUGACAUCAUGUUUAUUUCCUGUGUAAAUAAUGUCAGGUUCCCGAACCAGAUGAAGGAUUUUAUGCUGUUACGCCAUAAAACUGUUUCCUCAGCAGUUUUAGUAUUCAGGACACUAAAUCUUUAUUUAUAUUGCCAAAUAUUACAGUUUAAAAAGUUUAGUACAAACUGACAAUUUAGAACAAAUUCACACUAAAUGUUUUACGUGUUAAUGGAAGUGUUGGUGUGAAUUCUGGAUUUAUAACACUUUCAUUAAUGUACAGUAUUUUAGCGUUUAUACUUGUUCAACUUUAAAAAUGACAACUGAUCUGUUUUUCUGUUU